AUGUCACUUACACAAGAUGAUAUCCAAAACCUCAUCGAGUCGUACGAGGCAAAGCUCUCUCAGGUCGGUCCUACAGCCGUGGGCUCCAACUUGGUCUUGUGGUCGGGUGUUUCGAUAGCCACGGUUCUGGCGUUCAACAUCCUUCGUCCCAGAAACAGAGUAAUCUACGAGCCCAAAUCCAAAUACCAUGAAGGCGACAAAUCACCACCCAAAAUCAGCACUGGUUUCUUCUCUUGGGUCCAACCACUCGUCCACGCCAAAGAGCCUGAGCUGUUGGAAAAGAUCGGUCUCGAUGCUGUGGCUUUUCUGCGGUUCCUACGUCUGCUCCGUUGGUCCUUUACUGGAGUCGCAGUUGUUGGAGUCCUCGGUGUGGGCAUUUUUGACUACGUCUACAACCUCAAGCAUGUCCCCGAGAAAGAACGCAACAUUCUAAGCAUGUUUACCAUUGAAAACAUACGGGACGAAGCUCUCUACGUCCAUGUAGCUGGUGCUUAUGCUAUCACGUUCAUCAUUCUUGGCUCGAUUUGGUGGCAUUGGCGAGAAAUGGUCAAACUCCGCUUGACGUGGUUCCGCUCUGACGAGUAUCUCAAGUCGUUCUACGCACGGACGCUGAUGAUCGUGCAAGUACCCAAAAAGCUACAGUCCGACCCUGGCCUUGAGAGUUUGUUUAACGACAUGCGCAUGCCGUAUCCUACUACUGCCGUGCACAUCGGUCGUCGAGUUGGUCGCUUGCCUGAAAUGAUCGAGUACCAUAACCAAGCCGUACGGGACUUGGAGCAGGUCUUGGUCAAGUACAUGAAGGGCGGCAAGCUGGGAAAGAAGCGUCCUACCAUAACCAUCGGUGGUUUCCUCGGGCUGGGAGGCACCAAGAAGGAUGCGAUUGACUUCUAUUCGAACCGAAUUGCCAAUAUGGAGAGGGCGGUAGAGGAAGCUCGUGCACAGAUUGACACCAAGAAACCCGAGAACUAUGGUUUCGCGUCGAUGGCUGCUGUCCCGUAUGCACAUACUGUUGCCCAGAUGUUGCACCGAAAGAACCCCAAAGGAACGACUAUCACUCUUGCACCAAACCCCAAGGACAUUAUUUGGAGUAACUUGACCAAAGGCGAAGCAGCUCUUGCAAGCUCGCGGACGACAGGCUGGUUCCUCAUCGCCGCAGUGUGCUUCUUCAACACCACUCCUUUGCUCAUCAUCUCUGCUCUCGCUAACCUCGCCUCUAUCUCCGAAUAUGUCGACUUUUUGGGCCAAUGGGCGAAUAGCAGUCCCACGACGUUCUCUCUGGUUUCUGGUAUUUUACCUCCCUCGAUUAGUGCGCUCUUUGGAUUCUUCCUACCGAUCAUCAUGCGCAAGAUUUCCGAGUACCAGGGUGCUAUCACGCAUUCUCGAUUAGACCGAGCGGUCGUAGCGCGUUACUUUGCGUUCCUGAUUAUUUCCCAAUUCUUCAUUUUCAGUUUGAUGAGCGUCGCAUUUCAAAUUGUCACGCAAAUCCAGUUCGAUAUUGGCAAGCACCGCAAUAUCAAGGUUAUCCUCUCGCAUUUGCAUGAUGUCCCUGAGCGCAUUCAGAACACCUAUGUGGUUCAAUCGUCUUACUGGCUCACGUUUUUCCCGAUGCGUGGGUUCUUGGCAGUAUUUGACCUAGCUCAACUCCUCAGUGUAGUCCUUGUAUUCAUCAAGACUCACUUGUUUGGUCGUACCCCGCGAGAAAUUCGUGAAUGGACCAAGCCACCCGAGUUUGAUUUUGCUGUCUACUACUCGAACAUCUUGUUCAUGGCUGCCGUUGGUUUGAUGUACGCGCCCCUUGCUCCACUGGUGGCCCUAGCUGCCGCUGUUGUGUUCUGGCUAUCGAGUCUUGUGUACAAGUACCAGCUCAUGUUUGUCUUUGUCUCCAAGGUCGAAAGCGGUGGACGUCUGUGGAAUGUGGUCAUGAACCGUCUACUUGUCGGUGUCAUCUUUAUGAACCUGAUCAUGACGCUUACUAUCGGACUUCAACGCGGCUGGAGGUCCUACGUCUGGGUAUCCACGGUGCCCCCCACGGUCUUGACUCUUUUGUUCAAGCUUUGGAUGCGCAUGACAUUCGACAAGCAGUUCCGUCAUUUCGUGCCCGAGCAGGACGAGAUUGCGCGCUCACGUGUGCACAAGCAAGAUGCAAAGACUGGUCGCUGGAGUCGAGAUUUGGUCAUCCUUGUAACACUACACAUGGAACUCUUUACACCAAUGGUACACAGCAACAUGACGCGCCUUCUUGAGCAAGUGUACCAAGGUAGAAUGGCCAAGGAACAAACCAGGAUGGAAGAGUACGGAGGAAAGAAGAUGGCCGUUUCCGUCUUGCCCAGUGGCCUCAAAUUCGCCUCGGUGGCAGAACACGAACUCGAAAUGGACACCACGCUCUACCAGCGCGACCGAGGUGAACUCGACUGGGACGCACGAAGCAUGACCUCGACCGCCAUACUCGAUGACUCUGCAAGCAUCCACAAGUCCUCCAAACCCGCGGGGUACGAGCGAUACAUGAACCACGGGCCACACCAGUCCAACGGGAGUGACAUUGAGCUCUCGCGGCUCGACUCGAGGGACAAUGUGCCAUUGCUGAACCGGCCGGGUAUGACGAGGGAGAUGAGCCAGCCUUCCCGGCUCGGAAGGGAGAUGGAUCUGGGUGCGGCCCAUCCCGGAAUGUAUCGACAGGAAUCGUCUGCGCCACCAGCGCCACCAGGAUUAUACCGCCAGGACUCGUCGGUCCCGAUGAUGCAUCGACAGGAUUCACAGCAGACCGCGCCGAUGAUGUACCACCAGGCGUCGCACAAUGGGUCCGAGUGGAGUCUUCCCCCGAGUUAUAGGGGACCAAGCAGGCAGCCCAGUGAACAGAAUAUGGCAGGCAGAGGUACAUUCAAGGGAUAA